GGGCGUGCGCGGCGCGGGGUGCCCCGAGCGGCCGGGAGGCGCCAUGGCAGCCACGUUCUUCGGAGAGGUGGUGAAGGCGCCUUGCCGAGCCGGGACUGAGGACGAAGAAGACGAGGAGGAGGAAGGACGGAGGGAGACGCCCGAGGACCGCGAGGUCCGGCAGCAGCUGGCGCGGAAGCGGGAGGUGCGACUCCUUCGAAGACAGACAAAAACAUGUUUGGAAGUUUCUCUGCUAGAAAAACAUCCUUGCUCCAGGUUUAUAAUCGCCAUAGGCAACAAUGCAGUGGCGUUUUUGUCGUCGUUCGUUAUGAAUUCGGGAGUCUGGGAAGAAAUUGGCUGUGCUAAACUCUGGAAUGAGUGGUGUAGGACGGCGGACUCCACGCACUUGUCUCCUGCCGAGGCCUUUUGUGUGUUCUAUCAGCUAAAAGGCCAUCACUCGGUGAUCCUUUGUCAGUGCAGCUGCUAUGUUGCUGAAGAUCAGCAGUACCAGUGGCUGGAGAAGGUGUUUGGCUCUCGUCCCAGGAAGAACAUGCAAGUGACCAUUCUCACGAGUCGACACGUGACUGACUAUAAGACCUCAGAAUCCACGGGCAGCCUGCCUUCUCCUUUCUUGAAAGCUCUGCACACCAAGAACUUCGAAGACCAGCUGUGCUGUUCCCUGCUGGAACAGCCGAACAUCGUGCACGACCUUCCUGCUGCGGUUCUGAGCUUCUGUCAGGUGUGGGGCCUGCCCGCCGUCCUCUACCUGUGUUACACGGAUGUCAUGAAGCUGGACCUCAUCACAGUGGAAGCUUUCAAGCCUCUGCUUUCUUCCAGAAGUUUCAAAGGGCUGGUCAAGAAUAUUCCCCAGAGCACAGAGAUACUGAAGAAGUUGAUGUCAACAAAUGAGGUUCAAAGUAAUAUUUAUACGUGAUCCAAAGACUGCUUUUCAUGUGUGUUACCCGUCCAUUCCUUUUAGGAUAGCAACGUGCCCUGUUUUGUAAGUUACUUUGGGGAGAGGGAAUAUAUUUUGAAUUGAGAUAAAGCAAUAAACUA